AUGAAAGCCACAUACUUGCUUUCGUGUGCUGCGGCGUGGGCAUUGGCCAGCGCCUACUCCGUCCCCUCACUCUCAGAUCUUCAGCAUUUGAUUUUCGACGAAAAUACCGUCGAAAUAGGGGACUCCACUGGUCAAUUGCCAGAAUCGCUUUUUUCGUCCAUUGCUGCCUCUAGAGAUCCAAUUUUGAUCGAUGCAUGGAAAAGUUUAUUGCAUGAUGUUGGUGUUGAUGGUGCUGCUGAGUUGUACCGCAAAUACCUUGCAAAGAACCCUGUUGCUCCGACCCUGAUGAAUAAUCUCUACAAGGCUUUCUCUCAGCCCGAGGAACCACAGUUUGAGACCUUGUCCUCCCCUAGAUUCCCCGAAUACGCUUUGAGAAUUAAGGAGAACGAUCCUGAGGUAUUGGGCUUGGACGAUUCCAAGUACUACACAGGAUACUUGGAUGUGCAAAGCUUGGGCAAACACUUCUUUUACUGGUUCUUCGAGUCUAGAAAUGACCCGGAGAACGACCCUGUCGUUUUGUGGUUGAAUGGAGGCCCUGGUUGCUCGUCUGCGACCGGUUUGUUUUUCGAAUUAGGACCUUCUUCUAUCAAUGCUACCUUGCAGCCAGUCAGAAACCCAUUUUCCUGGAACAAUAAUGCCUCAGUUAUUUUCUUGGAUCAGCCUGUUGGUGUAGGCUACUCUUACACUGAUGGCGAGGCUAUUAGCACCACUGCCGCUGCUGCUAAAGAUGUGUUCACAUUCUUGGAGCUCUUCUUCCAGAAAUUUCCUCACUUGACUUCUCAAAAAUUCCACAUUGCAGGAGAAUCAUACGCUGGCCAUUAUAUUCCCUCUUUCGCGUCCGAGAUUAUCAAUCGUGCUGAUCGUUCUUUCGAUUUGGCCUCGGUGUUAAUCGGAAACGGUCUCACAGAUCCAUUGGUUCAAAGUAAGUACUAUAGACCCAUGGCUUGUGGUGAGGGUGGCUACAAAUCUGUUUUGCCUCAGGAGACGUGUGACCAGAUGGACAGGGAUUACGGAAAAUUUGAGAAACUUGAGAAAUUAUGCUACAAAUUCCAAACAGCUCUCACUUGUGUUCCCGCCCUAUUCUACUGUGAGAAGAAAUUGUUUGGUCCAUAUCAGGAUACUGGCUUAAAUCCUUAUGACAUCCGUGUUCCUUGUAAUGACCCAGCUGGCAGUUGCUACAAGGAAAUGGACUACAUUGACGACUACUUGAACCUGGAAUAUGUGAAAGCAGCCGUUGGUGCAUCCAACAUUGAUAUCUUCACCUCUUGUGAUGACACUGUCUUUAACAACUUCAUCAAGACUGGCGACGAGAUGAAGCCAUUCCAAGGCUUUGUUGCCGAGUUGUUGAACAAAGACAUUCCCGUUCUUCUUUACGAGGGAGACAAGGAUUAUAUCUGCAACUGGUUGGGAAAUCACGCGUGGGCAAACACGUUGGACUACAAGGAGAAGCACGAGUUUCAGUCCAAGCCAUUGAUCCCAUGGCACACUUUGGAGGGCAAAUUGGCCGGAGAGGUUCAAAACCAUGGCAUCUUCACGUUCCUUCGUAUUUACGAGGCUGGCCACAUGGUUCCUUUCAAUCAACCAGAGGCAUCCUUAGAUAUGUUGAACAGAUGGCUUAGCGGAGACUACGCCUUGAAGAAGUGA